AUGAAAGUUCAAGCAGUUCUCUUAGUUCUCUCGAUUUCCUACGCUCGGGUUUACGGAUGGGGAGCUGAUGGACAUAUGGCAGUCGGAUACACGGCGAUGCAGUUCCUCGCACCCAAUGCCCUUUCGUUUGUUCAGAACUCUCUUGGGUCUUCUUACUCUAGAUCGCUCGGUCCUGCAGCUACUUGGGCGGACACCGUCAGAUCCCAGGCCGCCUACUCAUGGUGCGCGUCGGCCCCCUUCCACUUUGUCGACGCCGAGGAUAACCCACCCACGUCGUGCUCCGUCUCUGAGACCAGGGACUGCGGCAGCGGAAAUUGCAUUCUCACGGCUAUUGCUAACUAUACCACCCGCGUCGUGCAGACUAGCCUUUCAGCGACGCAACGCCAGGAGGCUUUGAAGUUCUUGGAUCAUUUCCUUGGAGAUAUUACCCAGCCCCUCCAUGUCGAAGCGCUGAAAGUGGGCGGAAACGAUAUUACCGUCAAGUGCAACGGCUCAUCGACCAACCUUCACGCUCUGUGGGAUACCGGCAUUAUCGAAGGCUUCUUAAAGGCGCAGUACGGAAAUUCUGUGACGACGUGGGCCAAUUCCCUUGCCACCCGCAUCAAGACGGGAAACUUUGCGUCGUCGAAAGCAUCUUGGAUCGCAUGUUCGGACCCCUCAGCCCCCCUGAGCCAGAAGCGCAGUAUUCAGGAUGAUAUUGAUGAAUUUCUCGCUGCUCGUUCAACGGCCGCCAUCACUCCUCUGAAGUGCCCUCUGGUUUGGGCCCAAGACUCAAACACCUUCGAUUGCUCUUAUGUGUUCGGCUUCACCACUGGUAAGGACCUCUGUUCGGGAGGAACGAGCAGCUACGCCGCAGGCGCGCAACCCAUCAUUGAGGAACAAAUUGCUAAGGGAGCAUACCGUUUGGCCGCAUGGCUGAACGUUUUGUUCGAUGGAUCCGUUAGCCUCCCUUGAUUUCUGUCAACGAGAGCGUUUUGCGAAACUUUCCAUCACAUGUGUACAUAUAUUAGUCGCGACUUUCCGUAAGAAAAGAAAAGAGAAAACAUCA